UUUCACAAGCUCCAAACACAGCCUUCAACCUCCCUCCCCUCUUCCCUGUCACUCUCCCCCCCAAAGAUUCCAAUUCCAUGCAUUUCUGGUCCACCAUAAGCUCCACAGCUCAAAACAAACCCCACUUUUUUCUCAAUUCAUAUAAUUUCCUUUGUAAUUUCCCAUCAUCUGCAGGCAAAACGCAACAAGAGGUGGGGAGGGCGGAGGGACACUGACAGGAAGGAAGGGAAGGUGGGAGGACGUUUUCUUAGUUUUUCUUUCAACAGAGAGAGAGAGACAGACAGACAGACAGGCAGACAGAGAGAGGGAACCCAUUAUUCUGAGAAUUCCACUGGAGGAGGUCAGAAAAGGGUCUCCUUCAUACCCAUCUUUUGGUUUGACUGUCUCUUUUAAAUAUGGGGUUAUCAGGAAUUCUUUCCGUUGCUUGAUUUUGUAGCGAAUCCAAUUUGAGCUGAUAACAGUGGAGGCAGCUUAGAAUUAGGAUGGGUGGGAGGUUUGACGACCAUGUUGCUACUGCCGGAGAUUGGAUGACUCCUAGUCCAAGCCCAAGAGCUUUUUUUUCAGCAGUGUUGGGUGAUGAUAUCGGCUCAAGGUCAAUUCUAGAACCUCCUGUGGGAAAUAAAACCAGGGCGCUCUUUUCUGAGUGUGAGGAGCAGAUCAUAUCAAGGAAGAGUCAUGAGAAAGAUGGGCUGGUAGUUGAAGGAGCUGGUGAUCAAUUGAAGAAAUCAAAUGCGUUUUCUGAGGAAAAAAUGAGCUCGCGUGGCAGCCUUGUGGAAAGGAUGGCAGCUAGGGCUGGGUUUAAUGCUCCAAGGUUGAAUACGGAAGGCAUUAGGCCAGCUGACCUUUCAGCAAACCCAGAUGUUCGGUCUCCUUACCUGACAAUUCCACCUGGACUGAGUCCAACAACCCUGCUAGAAUCUCCAGUUUUCCUCUCAAAUUCACUGGCACAGCCAUCACCAACUACAGGGAAGUUCCCGCUCACCACAAGUGCUAACGGAAGAAGCUCUACUUUGAACAUGGAGGCCCCUGAUAAAAGUAAAAAUUUCUUUGAAGAUAUCAAUACCUCAUCCUUUGCAUUCAAGCCUGUUGUAGAAUCGGGUUCCUCUCCUUUUAUGGGUUCUGCAAGCAAAUACAAUUUGCCUUUAUGCAUACAGAUGCCUCCAACUGUUUCUCAGCAAACCUUUCCCAGUAUUGAGGUUUCCUUUCAGCCAGAGAAUUCUUCUCAAUCUCGAAGUGCCCAACCUGUGAAUGUGCAGUCUCAAAAUGGAGCCACACUCCAUCUACCCGAUGACUUUUCUAGACCAUCAUAUGAAAAUGAUGCAGCCAGAAACUCCAUGAUGUUUGAACCAAGGUCUGCUGAUCCUGUUGGUGGCAAUGAAGAACAUUCACCACCACCUGAUGAGCAGCAUGAUGACGAAGCAGAUCAAAGAGGAGGUGGAGAUAUCAUGGUUGGUGGUGGCCCAUCCGAAGAUGGAUACAAUUGGAGAAAAUAUGGACAAAAACAAGUAAAAGGCAGUGAGUAUCCACGAAGUUAUUACAAAUGUACUCAUCCAAAUUGCCCAGUCAAGAAGAAGGUUGAACGAUCUCAUGAGGGCCACAUUACUGAAAUCAUAUACAAAGGGGCACACAAUCACCCCAAACCUCCACCUAAUCGCAGGUCAGCCAUUGGAUCUACAAAUGUGCCAACUGACAUUCAACUUGACAUCACUGAUCAAACGGGUGCACAGAUAGGUCCCGAUGGUGAUCCAACAUGGACAAGCAUGCAAAAGGGAACCGCUGCUGGAGCCCCUGACUGGAGGCAUGAUGGUCUUGAUGUGACAUCAUCGGCAUCUACGGGUGCUGAAAACUGCAAUGGACCUAACUCUUUGCAGGGUCAGAAUGGCAUUCACUUCGAAUCAGGUGAUCCUGUGGAUGCCUCUUCUACUUUUUCUAAUGAAGAAGAUGAAGGUGAUCAGGAGACGCAUGGCAGCAUAUCAUUAGGUUAUGAUGGAGAAGGAGAUGAAUCCGACUCAAAGAGAAGAAAAAUCGAAGCAUAUGCAACAGAUAUGAGUGGAGCUACAAGAGCCAUUAGGGAACCUAGAGUUGUGGUCCAAACAACCAGUGAGGUGGACAUCCUCGACGAUGGGUAUCGUUGGCGCAAAUAUGGACAGAAAGUCGUGAAAGGAAAUCCAAAUCCGAGGAGUUACUACAAGUGCACAAGUGCAGGCUGCACGGUGAGGAAGCACGUGGAGAGGGCUUCGCAUGACCUGAAGUCGGUGAUCACCACUUACGAGGGCAAGCACAACCACGACGUUCCUGCUGCUCGUAACAGCAGCCACAUCAACUCGGGCGGCAACACUGGCAAUGGACCUGCCCAAGCCGGUGGCAGUGCUGCUGCUGCUGCUGCGCAAACGCAUCUUCAUAGGCCGGAGCCAUCUCAAGGCCAUAGCAACAUGGCUAGGUAUGGUAGGCCUCCUGCAUUAAGCACAUUUAGCUUACAGGGAAGGCAGCACCUGGGGCUUCCUCAUGGCUUCGGCUUUGGAAUGAACCAACCCGGCCUAGCCAAUCUGACGAUAGGCGGGUUUGGCCCGGGCCAAGGCAAGCUGCCUGUGCUGCCCGUUCAUCCCUACUUAGGGCAGCAAAGACAUGCCAACGAAAUGGGUUUCAUGGUGCCCAAAGGAGAGCCAAAGGUGGAGCCUCUUUCAGAGCCUCCCUUGAGCAUUCCCAGUGGCUCAUCUCUUUAUAGUCAGUUCAUGAGUAGCCUUCCCCUCGGACCUCAGAUGUAAAAUUUUUCAUUUUGGACUCUAGUUUUUGUUUUCUCUUUUAAAGGAAGCAAUGCAGGAAGAUUAUCUAUACUAACUACUUUGAGUUGAGUGUUGUUUCAUUGGUGAUGAA